UUACCCAACUUUAAGAGAUAUGCUUUAUAUGUUUUUAGUACUGCAAAAACAAAUGAAAAUUACAAUUACAUCUUAUAAAUUCUUUUAUUCAGAUAAACUCUUCAAAACUAAAUUUUUCAACUUAUGUAAAAAUUAUUUAAAUUAGUUUGUAUUAUAUUCUCACAUUUCAUUAUGUUACACAUGAACUAAACAAAAAUGACUCGUCCACCAUUAAAUACAUCCAAAAGCGGAAAUGUUAUCGAUGAAAAUCGUAGACCAUCAAAUAAAGCGCUCAAAUUUAAAAAGUCGAUAACUACAGCAAGCCGUAAAUUUAAUUCAACUGUGAAAACUCUAGAUCGUUUAGUAGGAGGAGCAGAUGUUCCCGAAGAAAGCGGAGACGUAUCGAAACCAUCGGAAGAAACUGUAGAGCAAACUGUUGUAGUGGAAUCAACAUCUAGUGUGAAAACUGAAGAUGGAAAACUUAUUCGUACAGCUGGACCAUGCUGUACUUGUAUGUCACAAGUACCAGGAUCAACCGGAGAUAAGAAGGUGGAUGAAAUGAUCGACUAUGUGCAUCAAAAUUUACAAGAAGCGGGUAAAGCACUGGCUACCUUAGGCGAGAACUUUGAGCACGAUUCAAAGUUAAUGUUCGCUGACAUAUUUGGUCGAAUACAACAAUGGAUUGGUUUGGUUCAAAAUAAAUUGGACAUUUGUAAGAACGAGAUCGAAUCAUUGCGUAAAGAAUUGAUAGCACGAGCUUGUGAAAUCGACAAUCUGAGAAGACUAUUGGCAGAAUGCGAGGAACGAGAGAAAUCAGUGGCAACUACUCAAACGGUUGAACCUAAAAUAAAUCUCGGAUCACCUGAAGUUCCAGUUCCAGAAGUAGUGACAAUGGCAAAUCCAGCCUAUGAAUCUGUUACUGAGGGAAUACCAGCAGGAAAUACUGAAAGAGAGCCUACCGUAAUAAAGGAGUCUGUCGCAAUGAAAGAACCUGAAAACAUCGAAAUUAUUUGUACCGACGUAGCUAUACAAUCAAUUUUGAAAGACAAAGACAGAAUGAGACGAGAAAUUGAACUGGAAGCUGAGAUAGCAAGGCUUCGCAAAGAAAAUGAGCGUAUAAUAAAAGAACGUGCCGAAUAUGAGAAUGCCAUACAACGAGCAUUGUUACGAGGUGUUUCCUCAUUGAAUGUCGAAGCAUUGAGAGUUAUGCGUUGUCCACCAAUUCCAUGUUGUACUCCUUGUGCACCUUGUCCUGCUUCCGCUAUGGAACCGAUUGUGUCUUGUAAGAAGGAAGGCGCGUCGGCUGCGAUCGCCAAAGGUUGCGUCACUCAACGUAGUGGCACUUGUGGAAAGACUGCUGUUCGCGAACAAGGUUGUUAUACUGUAAAACGACCUUGUGCCAGUCCUUGUUGUUCUGUUGGAAAAAGUCGAAAAUCUGCAUCAAACAAUAGCAUGGUUUUUCUUCUUCAUCAGGGAGACACAGAGAAUAUUUGUGACUCGAAUAACACGCCAAUGUCUCGAGUUUGCGGUUCACCGGUCAUGAAAAAGAUUGAAAUACCACCGUGUCCUAGAUUCAUUAUAUAAUAACGUUCAUAGUAUAUAAUAGUAAUAAGCACUUGCUUCUUGGGACUUGAUGAAAGUCCCCCAAAUUGUUUGAAAUAAAACAGACGAACCACUUAAAUUUAAAGUUAUUGAUGAUUUUUCAGUUUAUGAUGUGGAAAUAAUAAAGAAACAUGAUAUUGA